GACAUACGACCCGGAUCCGAAUCUAGCACAAUCUCCAUACCACCCAAAUUCAUUUUCCCCUAAAACUUUCUCUCACUUUCCCGGGAAAAUCGGCGACCAAUAUUGGAAAAAUGUACUCAGCGAUUCGCUCGCUUCCACUCGAUGGUGGACACGCCGGCGGUGACUACCAUGGACCUCUUGACGGAACCAAUCUUCCCGGCGAUGCUUGUUUGGUUUUAACCACUGACCCUAAACCUCGUCUCCGGUGGACAACUGAGCUUCAUGAGAGAUUCGUUGACGCCGUUACCCAGCUCGGUGGUCCUGACAAAGCGACGCCCAAAACUAUCAUGAGAACAAUGGGAGUGAAGGGUCUCACUCUCUACCACCUCAAAUCACAUCUUCAGAAAUUCCGACUAGGGAGACAAGCUGGCAAAGAAUCAACUGAGAACUCUAAGGAUGUUUCUUGUGUUGGGGAGAGUCAGGACACAGGUUCAUCUUCAACAUCAUCAUUGAGAAUGGUGCAGCAGGAGCAGAACGAGGGUUACCAAGUCACUGAAGCUCUACGUGCUCAGAUGGAAGUCCAAAGAAAACUACAUGAGCAAUUGGAGCAUGGGCAGGUGCAACGGAGACUCCAGCUAAGGAUAGAGGCACAAGGAAAGUACCUUCAAUCGAUUCUUGAAAAAGCUUGCAAGGCCUUUGACGAGCAAGCUGCUGCUUUUGCUGGGCUUGAGGCUGCUAGGGAAGAGCUAUCAGACCUAGCCAUCAAAGUCUCCAAUAGCUCUCAAGGAACAACAGUCCCGUACUUUGAUGCUACAAAGAUGAUGAUGAUGCCAUCUUUGUCUGAGCUUGCAGUAGCAAUAGACAACAAAAACAACAUCAUAACCAACUGUUCAGUGGAAAGCUCUCUGACUUCCGUCACUAAUGGGAGCUCGAUAUCUGCUGCAUCAAUGAAGAAGCGGCAACGUGGAGACAAUUUGGGCGUCGGGUAUGAAUCGGGCUGGAUUAUGCCUAGUAGUACCAUUGGAUAAAGUUUAGGAGGGGGGAAAAAUCAGUAUGGGAAAGGUAGAGAUAAGAUUUAACUCUUCUUUACUUGCUUUGAGGGGCCUGUAUUAUUCGAUACAAACUUGUCAUCAAAAUUUCAUCUAAGCCUACUCAUGUAUAUAUUUGAUAUUGAAGCUUAAGCUUUAGUGUUGUUUCCUUUAACCUUUGCUUUAAUUAUUCUUGUAUUCAAGAGAAAGGGUUUAAAGGUCUAUUGAUAAUAUAAUAAACAUUGAGAAAUGAU